CCCUGCCGCGGCCCCGGCCCCGGCCCCGGCCCGAGCGUCUGCGCUCUUGCUUUUUCACGUGUUUCCGUGUCUGCGCUCCUCUGUCGAGCGCGCGGCGGCCGCGUGCGAGCGAGACGGCCGCGUUUGCUCGCGUGCUUCUCAGUGCGCGUGUCUGUUUGCCGUUAUGCGCGUUGCCGUGUCUGCUCCGCGAUGUCGGCCCGGUCUGACGUGCUCGUCAUAUUUUUUAUUUUUAAGUAAAUUUAAAUAUUUAUUUACUAGUUUCUUGUGCAAGUGAAAGUGUGUCAGAGUCGAAACGGUUAGUGCGUGUCUCGUGGCGCGUCCGUUCGGUCAUAGAAUAAUCAUGUCACAGAGUUUGUCGGGUUCCGGGGAGGAGAGCAACGGCGGGGCGGCGGGCGGUGCGGCGGCCGGGUCGGGGGCGGGGGCGGCGGCGGCUGGUGGUGGCACGGGCCGGCCCGAGGGCUGCGACGUGGGGCGCAUGGUGGACUCGAGCCAGGCGGACGACCGCAAGAUGAUCCGGCUGGUGCGCGAGCGGCGCCUCCUGUACGCCAGGAACAACAUGCCCGUGGCCAGCUUCCACUCGCAGGUGAAGCGCCUGUGGCAGCAGGUCGCGGAUGAGAUGGGCUGGACCGUGGCGGACGUGCGGCGCAAGUGGUCCCACAUCCGCAACUCGUACUCGCGCCACCUGCGCAACGAGAUGCACGGCGCGCGCACCGCCCGCGGCCGCACCGUCUCGCGCUGGUACCUCGCCGACGAGCUCGACUUCCUGCGCGAGCACAUGGCCACCGACACGUCAGUACCGCCGCUGCGACCGUCGUACUCGAACACGUAUGCGCCGACAUUCCUCGAGAUGGACCUGUCGGAGCAGCCGGCCGCGCAGUCCGCCGACCACGUGGACAUCAAGCCCUUCAUCCAGAACCCGUGGUUCUCGCUCAGCACGUCACACAUGAACGCGUCGCUGGAGCCUAAGACGGAGCCGUACAACCACAACGAGGACAGCGCCAGCUCCGCCUUCGAGCCGGACGAGAACUCCUCGUACUUCCAGUUCUUCCGCGGCAUCCACAACGACUAUUUGGAGUUGACGCCGAAAAGCCGAAGGCUGUUCAAGAGACAAUGUCUGAGCUUCCUUCACGGGCUGCUGGACCUGCAGGAGAAUCAGAACACUAAUAACUAUGAUCAGAGUGACGCGAUGAAUCUCUCAAAUUCGGUGAACUUGAGCGACGAGGAGCCGGAGCGCAAGGUGUGCGUGGUGAACAACGCGGACAAUUACAGUAUACUGCCCAACAACUAGUGGUGCGCACCCGGCGUGGCCCGCUACUGUACACUACGCGCAAUAGCUGAGGGUGGAUAUUUGUAAGAACAUUUAUAAAGGUUUGUUUGACAUUCCAAUUGUUGUGACGAUUAUUUUCGUUGUUUGUUCGCCAUCGCGAACAUUCUGUUCUAGUUUGCGUUCUUGAUGUCUAAGUCCACCUUACGUUUUCUUAAUUAGAAUUAGGCAAUCAUAUUUAUAGUUAAUUCUUAUUUAGAGUAAACAAAACACAAAUGACAAUCUUUGCUAUUUGUAACAGUCAUGUAAUCAUUAAAAUUAUUUAUCGAUCACCUAUGACCCUCUUUAUACUGUAUAUAUAAUAGAAUAUAAUGAUAGAGGGCUUUGAUACUUGGAUCUCUCUGCCUGCUUCGUCAGGGACACAGGGUGAAGGCAGAUAAGUAAUUGAUUUCACAACAGUUAACACGGUAUCGAUAUCAAAUAAUGCAGGGCUGAUAUUGACAUAUUAGAUACUUAUAUAAUAAUUGGACAGGAUGGGAAUAUUUAACAGCAAUAAGAAUUUUUAAAUUAUUACUUAGUACAAAAGGUCGCAAAAGAUUUUGAAGAGUAUACUCGAUUAUUUACUCGAUUUUCAAAUUAAAAUUCAUUUAGUUCCAUAUAACAAGAUCUAUUUUGUUAAUAGUAGACUUAAAAUUUCGCUAGUGAAAAAGGUUAUAAUUUAGUAAACCACGAGAGGCAUUCGGUCAGGACGGCGACAAACCAGGCCAUGGUUAUUUUGUUUUAGUCACCGUGCUGACGAAAUGCCCCAUCACAGGUACAUCGACAUCCUUAGCUAUCAUUUUAAGAAUGGUGUUGUCACUUCCGCAUACUAUUUCCUAUUGCCGCGACUUUCUUACCUAUGAUGGCAUGGAAGUCAUCAAUUCAUGCUAGUUACAGAAGGCGCUACAGAAGCGGGGAAGUCCCAACAUCAUCCUAGAAAUAUUAUUGUACAGGACACGUUUCGUUACUCGAAUUUUGUGUUCGUUUUUUUUGACAAUACCGUCAUUUCAGCGUACACUCCUUGUGUAAACUUUGUGUGACUCAUGCGCUCAUCUAUGAUAAUUAAUUAUAGAAUAAUUUUCUUUACCACACUGUUAAAAAUAUCACUUGGUUUUACGGUAAGGAAUUAUAAGGAAGUAAUAUUUAUAAUAAUAAAAUGUAGGGUAACCAAUUAGAGUGGUAAUAUUUAUUUUUAAAAUUUAAGCAAUAUAGAUAGGAACAAUAAUAAUGUACUCGGGAUGGAGAUUUAAUUUUAGUACAUAAAUCAGUUUAAAUAUUUAUCACCAGAUCGAUUGUAUUCCUAUAUAUAAAAUCUACAAUUUUCUAUAUAAAAUUCUAUAAAGCAAAGCUUAUUUAGGAUUGCUUUAGUAAUUCAGUCAAGUGGUGAAUAACUUCAUGAAACACUGGACUAAAUAGUUAGACUACUACACGACUAUACUACUGUAGUUACGAGCAUAUUUACUUAUGUUUUAUUUUAUCUAUAUAAAAAUUUGCUAACACUUCGCAUUGUUUACAACUUGUAGGUAUUUAUAAAAUUCGCCAUUUGACGUAAUUACUGAAGUGUUUCUAAACUAUUCAUAAUGAUUGUUCUGGAAAACAAUCACUGGUAUUUAUCGUUUAUAUAAUACCGAUUGUCAUAUGUCUAAAUUUGUAAAAUAUUCCUGUUGUUUGCAACGGAAGAAAUUUUGGAUACACGUUGUAAUUUCUUAACUUAAGAAAUAUGCAUCCCCUAUUUUUAAGACUGUGGGGUGAAGUUUCCGGAAAUAACUUUUUAUUGCUUGCAUACGUCUUCAAAUUCCAAAUGUCGUGUUCCCAGCUCAUGGAGUUUUGAGUCAUAUCCUCACGUAGCGUAUAAAACUAUAUCUUUUGUAAUAAUCAAUACUGAUGUAGUGAAGGCGAGUAUAAUUCACUCGGAACUUACCGAGUGAUGUAGCUAUAACUUUGAAUUUUAUAUUUAAUAAAUAUAAAAAUAUUGUUUCCUUUUUUUACGUUAUGGUGAAAAGAAAUUAAUUUAAAUAAUAUUAAGACGAAAGCCUAUCUGUUAAUAGAUAGUUUAAAUAUUUUUAAUAAUAAAUUUAUUAAUUUUGUAACAUGUUAAUUAACAGUGAUUGUGUUUAUUGGAGCUGAUGCUGAUUUUACCAGUAUGUCAUUACUUUUUAAUAUAUUCUAUGGUAUCGAUUACACAUCGAUGCAGCGAUGGAUGCUUCCAGAAUUAAAUAUUUUUACAAA